AUGAGCUUCUACCCCAACCAAGGUACAUCCGUGAUCGUUCCGGCCGAUUUGGAACCUAUCCACACAAGUCGCCUAUACCUACGACCGCUGACGGUGGCUGACGCCGCGGCCAUCUUUGAGAUCCGCCGACGACAAGACGUGGCUGACUGGCUCUGGCCCAAAGUCCCCCACGAAGACAUAUCAGAGUCUGAGGCCAUCAUCGCCCAAAAGACAUUCACAACACCGGAUGCGUCAGGUGCUGUUGGGCGGAAGUUCUUCUUCGCCAUCAUCCGCUCCGAGGAUUCAUCGCAAAGGGUUGUUGGAGGAGCGGGAAUCAAUGCUCUUAGCCCAGCCCCAUCAGUGGGUUAUAACAUACACCCUGACUUCUGGGGCAAGGGCUAUGCCACCGAGGCAGUUGCUGGUAUUAUAGAUGCGUGGUGGAAGCUUGACAGAACGGGUUUUGAGGAGGCUGUGCCGGGUUUAAAAAAGGAGAAGCUAUUUGCGGCGUGCAAUAGAGCCAAUAUUGGUAGCGUGAAGGUACUGCAGAGGACCGGGUUUAGGAUGUACCAAGAGCAGUCGAUGGAGGGCGACGUGGUUGCACUUUUUGAGCUGGAAAAGCCCAACAGAUAG